AUCCUCGACAGUGUCGGCCGUGUCUGCUGUCUGCGCUAUGUACGGCAGCGAAAAGUUGGAUUCUGUAUGUGCUGAAGUUUACCAGUGCUAAAGUUUGCCUUGGUCGUUAUCUUUGUCGCUGUCUUUUAUGACUCAGUGAUUAUUCUUACCCCGUUAAGUAAAAGGAGCGACAAUGUCUGAGAGAAAAGUUCUCAACAAAUACUACCCUCCGGACUUCGAUCCGUUGAAAAUACCAAGGCUUCGGCUUCCUAAGGAGAGACAGUACACAGUUCGUCUCAUGGCUCCUUGCAAUAUGAGGUGCAAGACAUGCGGCGAAUAUAUCUACAAGGGGAAAAAGUUCAACGCUCGGAAAGAAACUGUACAGAACGAAGAUUACCUUGGCAUCAAAGUAUUUCGUUUCUAUAUCAAGUGUCCUCGCUGCCUUGCUGAAAUUACGUUCAAGACAGAUCCAGCUAAUUCUGACUACAUCGUGGAGCAUGGCGCCAGCAGGAACUUCCAAGCUCUUAAGCUGGCUGAAGAGGCAGCCGAGCGUGAAGCCAGAGAGGAGGAAGAAGAGGAAAAGAACAACCCAAUGAAGCUAUUGGAGAAGCGGACCAAGGCCUCCAAGCAAGAGAUGGACCUGAUCGAGGCCCUUGAAGACCUGAAGGAUCUGAAUAAGCGGCAGGCCAAUGUAAAUUUUGACGACAUGCUGGGACGCUAUGCUACUGAAAGGGAAGUUAUGCUCAAGAAACAAGAGGAAGAGGAUGAGAAGUUUAUUGCAUCUGUAUUUGGAAAAAAUGAAGGUGCCACGGUGAAAAGAAUUAUUGAAGACAGUGAUGAAGACAGUGGGGAAGAAGUGCCAAAGAAGCCAAAAACAGCAUAUGAAAAGCCUACAGAUAUCCUAGCCGAGAACUACAUCCCGCAGCCAGCGAAAACGGCAAGCCAGUUUGCAGCACCUGGUUUGUCGGGGAAGGCCAGCUGUUUAAAGGCGGCACUUGCCGGUUUAGUGCGGCCAAAGGGAUCAGGUGCUUCAGCAGGCAGUGGGACUACACAGCAAGCCCCCAGUUCUUCAAACAUGGCACAGUCAGGGCCAUCUUCUUCAACGGGACUGAGCCUGUUGGGCACGUACUCGGCAAGCGACGAGAGCAGCUCAGACUGAUUGCAGCGCAUAGCUGUGCUUGCAUCACAUGUUUUCGAUGCCCAGUGUCCCACCAGUGCACAGAUUUUUUUCACUGCUUUUAUGUGCUUGUUCUGAACUCUCACUGACAUGCUACUGAGUUAAGAUGUCUGCAGCUUGUCCCAAUACAAUAUUUUACUCUGGUUAUUCUGAAAUGAUACAGAAAGUUGUGCUGGGUAAAACUUGAAGUGACAGGAUUUUACUUUUGUGAAUUCCUAUGCAUCCCUUGGAAGGAUGUAGUAAUAGUAUGUAGCUGUACAGAUGAUGCAAUAAUCAGCUACCUUAGUCUCAUAAGAUAAGCACUCAUAGCUUCUUGACAGAGGAGAGGUCUGUUAAAGUGGCACUGUGAUGAUCCUUCCCAUGGGCUGCCUGCAGUUCUUAGUGUAAAUAUCUAAGUGUGAUUAUGUUUUCAUACCUUAUACACAUCAUAAUGGCUAGAAGCAAACAAAAACAAUAAAUGUGUAAGGAACAUGAAAUUAUAAAAAAAAUUGAUAGAAAGAAACAAAGGUGAAAGGAAAAGUGAAGAAAGGAAUUAUGUUCCUCAGUGUAAGCAUAAUUGUCGUCUGUCUUGAUAACUGCAGAGCUUGCUAUUACAAUUGCCUCUCUCUGCAUGAUGGUACAAGAGCCUCGCAGAUUCAUUUCUCUCAGUGGCAGACACAAGAGAAACUGCCAGAAAAAAGAAAAGAGUGUAGCUAAGGCCAAACACCAUCCAGAGAUUGAAAAUCUACUGUACAUACUUAGGUUGCACAAAAGUGGUCACCGCUGUUUUCUGGCUUGAGAGCAGCAUGAGGUGUGUAUCAUUGUGCAGACGAAAAAAAAAUUAUAGGCACUAAGAAGGCAGCUGUGCUGUCCUGCGUCUUUCCAUCUGCUUCAUUUCAUUUUACAUCCCAUCUUGCCAUUUUGCAACCCUGUGUGUUUUCAGAUUUGGUGCUGCUUUGAUAACACAGGCUGGUCAGUUGUUUCCAAGUGUCCCCAUGACUUGACUAUGUAAUGACAUGUAUAUACUGUUAUUGUAAUAUAAAAGGCUGCAUAACUACACUA